AUGGAUUCGCAGUACGAGAGCAAGGAGGUUAAACUCACAGUCGAAAGUGCUGCUGGCGCCGAUGCGCAGGCUGGGGAGCUUGUCGAAAAGUCUUUCUGGCUCAAGACACGAAAAUGGAUUCGAACCAUUGGUGCCGAAGAGCUCGGUAUUGAGAGAAUCCCAGAAGAGUUGCGUACCAAUCAACGCGCAAGCGAUCUCUUCACCAUCUUUUUCAGUGCAAACUGCAAUACCGCCACGCUUGCCCUCGGCUUCUUGGGCCCAACACUCUUUGGACUAGGAUGGUGGGAUUCUUUCUGCUGUCUACUCUUCUUCAACCUCUUCGGCGCUUUAGUCCCAGCAGUAGUCGCUCCAUGGGGCCCCAAAAUGGGCCUCAGGACGAUGAUCAUUCCUCGAUACAGCUUUGGUUGGUGGCCGGCGAAGGUCCUCGCCAUCCUCAAUUGCGUCAACCAAAUUGGUUGGGCCAUGGUCAACGCUAUCUCUGGAGCGUCAGUGAUGUACGACGUUGGCGAUGGUAAAUUGCCAUUGACAGUAUGCGUACUGAUCGUCGGCCUGCUUGCUGUUCUCCUGGGUCUGUUUGGCUACAAGGUUCUACACUUCUACGAUCGAUACUCAUGGAUUGUCAUGGUCAUUUGCUUCAUCAUUGUUGCAGGUUUUGGCGGAAAACACUUCGUUAACAUUCCUAUGGGAUCGGGUGGAAUCGAGGCAUCGAGCGUUCUAUCUUUCGGCACAGCCAUUAUUGGGUUUGAAGUCGCUUGGCUACCAGUUGCUGCGGAUUAUGGCGUUUACAUGCGCUCAGACACCAAGAGCCUGACCUCGUUCUCGUGGUCGUACUGCGGAUGGCUAUCUAGCCAACUCUUCAUCGAAUUGCUCGGUGCGGCCAUUGGCACGCUUAUUGCCAACUCCGAUCCUGUUUUUGCUGAUGCUUCAGGUAUUGGUGGUCUUAUCGGAGCCUGCUUUGGCGCGUACGGAUCCGGAGCUCGUAACUUUGGCAAGUUCAUUGAAGUACUUCUCGGCUUGUCAUGCGUCGCCGUCAUCACCACAAACGUUUACUCCCUCGGGCUGAGCGUGCAGAUGGUGACCCAGAAGCUUCUGGUUGUGCCGCGCUUCGUUUGGUCUUCCAUUGGAAGCGUCAUUUUCCUUGCUGCAGCCAUGGCUGGUCGAGAACAUCUUGAGGAAGUCAUGGAGAACUUCCUUCUCAUCUGCGCCUACUGGAUUGUCCCCUUCUCUACAACUUUCAUCUGUGAGCAUUAUAUCUGGCGCCGUGGCUACAAAUACGACCUAAAUGCAUGGAACGAUCGCACCAAGUUACCGCAUGGCAUUGCUGCAUCCAUCGCCUGGGUUAUCGGGACAGUACUCGGACUUCUGAACAUGAGCCAACAUUGGUGGGUUGGCCCCAUCGCUGCUGGUAUUGGUGAUAGCCCCUACGGGACGGAUAUCAGUUGGAUUCUGGCAAUGUUCGCGACCGCGAUCAUCUACAUUCCCCUCAGGAUGUGGGAACAAAAGAAGUACAACAACUUCUACGUUACAUCGCUCCCAGAAAGUUCUUAG